AUGCCUCCGAGAUUGACCCCCGUGUCUCCAAGAUCCUUCGUCUGUCCGUCGUGCCAGAGCCUGCUUCGUCGCCGCGGACUCGAGUCACCUCGGCUCCGGAACUUCACCACCACUCCUCGGCGUCAUGCGACUGCGAGAAAGAGCAAAUGGGUGCACCUCACCAACCGGAGCAUAAUCCGCCUGGCAGGCCCAGACGCUGCCCUGUUCUUACACAAUCUCAUUCCAGCAAAGAUCUUAGACAUCGGAGGGAGCACCAAUCCGAUAUACACGGCCUUUCUCUCCGCGCAGGGGCGCAUACUGCAUGACGUGUUCGUUUACCCGCCGUCAGCGGAGCGUGGCGCGGGGGAAGAAUGGUUCAUCGAGGUCGACGAGGCCAGCGCGGGCGAUUUGCUGAGGCACUUGAAGAAACACAAACUGCGGGCCAAGUUGCAGGUGGAGAAGGUGGACGCGGAGCGCAUAGGCGCGUACUACUCGUGGCCGGCGCCAGAGGGGCCACAGAAUGCAGGCAACGGGGUGGGCGGACGCGAUCCAAGGCCAGGAAUGGGACUGCGGUGGCUGGAGGGCGACGCGGCCUCGAAAUCUUCCCAGUUCCUGCAACAGUUACAGGACUCAGGAUGUGAGCCGGCCACGCUGGAGGAGUACACUGUCCACCGGAUGCGGAACGGGAUUGCAGAAGGCCAGUCCGAGAUCAUCGCCGGGCACGCCCUGCCGCAGGAGAGCAACCUCGAUUUAUUUGGCGGGAUCGAUUUCUUCAAGGGAUGCUACCUGGGCCAGGAACUCACGAUCCGCACGCACCAUACUGGGGUGGUCAGGAAGCGCAUUUUGCCGUGCCAGUUGUAUCACAAGGACGGUCCACCGCCGCCGGAACGGCAGGAAGGGCCUGAGUAUAAGCCUGAAUCGGGCAUUCUUCUUCCUCCGCCCGAGUCAAAUAUCUCCAAAAUGAGAGCCAAGGGCCGGGGACGGAGCAGUGGGAAGUGGCUUGGCGGAGUCGGGAACAUUGGCCUUGCGCUGUGUCGCUUGGAGAUGAUGACGGAUAUCCAGUUAACUGCCGAUUGCACGAACUACGAUCCCUCGGAGCAGUAUAAAGUGCAGUGGCAAGAGGGUGAAGAAACGGGCGAGCAGCAGGAAGUCAUGCUCAAGCCGUUUGUGCCGAAGUGGCUGAGAGAGGGCGUUGAGGCCAGCUUGAAGAGGAAAGAGCGGAAGAAGCCCAAGCGCGAGGAAGAGGAGGAAGAGGAGGAACUUGAUUGA